ACCUCCAAUAAUGACACAACCAUUCAAAAGGCAAUUUCAUAAUCAACUUAUGUUAUAUCCUAAAUGACUUAUAUAUAAUUUUUACUGUGACAAAUAAUGCAUGACAUGCAAUUAUGGAUAGUGUGAUGCUCUAACCUGACUGUCUUUAAUUUUAGUUUGUUUUACCCCUUUAAUCAAUGUAAUUCAAACAUAUUUCAUAUCUUUUUCACCUUUGAAUCAAGCAUUUACCAAAAAACAGUGAGCUUAAAAAGACAUCCUAGACUACAUACCAAUAAAUUCUCGGAAAUUGUCCUGCACUUUGUUGAUGCUAGCUCUUGGGCUUCCAAGCACAUGUACCAAUCACGGGGUUCUGCAGGGGGUUCCUGUGACUAAUUGGGAUUCCCGCGCAUCCCCUUUUGCCGCGCAUCCCCUUUAGCGCGGAAUUUUUCCCUCUCAAGAAAAGUUGUCGCUGUCACUAAACCUAGAAAAAAUGAGCUCUCCUCUCGAUUCGCAAAGUGAUAGAAUCUUUAGUGAUGACGAAGGUGAAGUAGGUUCCUGCACUGGUUCCUCGCCAAAACAGAGAAACGGGACUUGUAGUACUCCAUGCCAAAUUGGAAAGACCCCAAAACGACGCCGAAUUCUGCCCACCAUGUUGGAUUCAUCGGGAGCAGAGGAAAGUGAUGCAGAAAAUUCUCAGACACAGGGAAAUGACAGUUCGAGAGCAAGUAGUACUUCUUCUACACCGACUGGUCACCAGCUGCAAUCAAGUAAAAGGGUCAAAGUGAAUCAAACACCUGUCUGUGAGCCAAAUAAAUCUACAACAAGUUUGUUAGAGAAAAUCCUUCUCCAACAAGAUGAAAUAUUAAAACGAAUCAAGGCGUUAGAGAAAAAAGAACAGGAGAAGGAAGAAACACGGGAAGAAAAAGUAUACGUACCACCUAGUAUACGAAAUGCAAUUAGGGAUGGCUACAGCGAUGGACUCAAACGGGGAUAUACUUGGAUGUUUGACAAAAAGAAACAGCAAGAUGAUGAAAACAUCGAAAUGACCAACCAUAUUUUGAUGUUUGUUAAGGGCUGGAGCUCUGAUGUUGAAGAGAGGGUCAUCCACUGUGGCAUAAAGAGAUACUUUAUUUCUAAACGACAGGAGUCCGUCCUCAAAUCGAAAAAUAAAUUGCAGGAGCAAAAGCAGAAGAGAGUUAUUUAUGAAAGAAAGAAGGAGAAAGCAAAGAGGAGAAAAAAUGCACUGGAACACCUUGCAAGUAGGGGGUGGGAAAAUGAGAUGAGAAGGGCCCAAGUAAGAAACAUCUUAAAGGUGGAGUUUACCUCCAGUGAUGAGGAGUGUGAUGGUGGAUUCAUCUCCCAUCCACUCUCGUGGCAGAGCGAUAAACUUGCCAAGGUGAAGUCCCACCUAGAUAAAACUUUUCUGGAGAUUUGCUCGGUAAAAAGUAGGAGGAUGCUACAAUCUAGGAGUGUUGGGGCAAUUAAUAUUAAGCCAACUCCUACGUGUCCAGAGGUGUGUCCUUGGAUGGUAAAAAAAGAUUAAGUUGUUUCAUUUUUUAAAGGUAUAUAUUGUGGCAUUUUUUAUGAUCAAAAUCUUGUAAAAAAAAGUUUCAUUUUACUUCAUUGAACCAUCAAAUGAAUUUCAACGAUAUCAAAUAUUCAUUUAUUUAUCCUCGUGGAAAUAUUACAAAUUCUUUGCAUAACUCUGUCUUCAGCUAGUUCAAUUAUAUGUAUCACCCUUUGUCUGAAUUUUAUGUGGACUGUUACUUAAGCAUUAAAUGCUUAUAUAUAUAUGUUUGUAUGAAAUAUUUUUGUAUCAUUUUCUUUGUCAAGGAUAUUAAUAAUAUGUUGAAUGGCCAUAUAAUAUCUUAUUUAGUUUGCUUCUUUGUUGAAAAAUCUCGAAUACUCAGAUAUCUCGAAGUUUUUAAACAGUCCCAUCUAGUUCGAGAUGACUGAAGUUUGACCGUAUAUACCUUUAAAGAAUUGCAUGCCAUUGAUGUUAAGACUUAAUGAGAUUUAUGCACUCAGUAAUUUGAUACCAAC